AUAAAUUAUCACGCACGUGAUCCACACGCCACCACCCCGCCAAUCCCCCCUACCACACUCCACAACAAGGGGGCAUCGGCCGCCUCCCCCGAGAAAUCCGAAACCCCAGGCAAACCAUAAAUAUCAUCUUUGAAAAGACAACUCCGAUUCAAGAAACCCACCAAUAAUAAGAGGAAAUUAAGCAAAUGGGAGCCCUGAUACUGCUCGUAGCGUCAGCCUUUCUCUUUGCGGCGGGCGCCGCCUCCGUGGAGGGCGGAAGCCCUAAUCUCACCCUUCUUCGCACCGACGAUUUGGUUAGCGGUAUUGGGCUGCUCCUCGGCGCCGGCAGGAGCCUACGAAUACGGAGCCACGUCGACGCUACGUGGAGGAAAGUCCGAUCGAAUGUAGUGGCUCCGGUCGUGGAAUCUAUGAUCGUCAUAUGCCUAGUCAUGUCCGUCAUGCUGGUAACGGAGAUCGUGGUGAAACUUCUGCGGCGAAAGCCGGAGAGAAGGUACAAAUGGGAGGAGAUUGGGGGGGACGAGGAGACGGGGAGCUCGGCGUACCCUAUGGUUUUGAUCCAGAUACCUAUGUUCAACGAGAAAGAGGUGUACAAGCAUUCGAUAGGAGCGGCAUGUGGGCUCACGUGGCCGUCUGAUCGAAUAAUAAUCCAGGUACUCGACGACUCCACGGACCCGGUUGUCAAGGAUUUGGUGGCACAAGAAUGCAGAGUGUGGCAAAGCAAAGGAGUGAGGAUCGCUUAUGAAGUCAGGAACAACAGGAAAGGGUACAAAGCGGGAGCUUUAAAGAAAGGAAUGGAGCAUGAUUAUGUCCAGCAAUGCGAAUUCGUUGCGAUAUUUGAUGCUGAUUUCCAGCCAGACUCGGAUUUUCUCUUGAAAACCAUCCCCUUCCUGGUUCACAACUCUAGGAUUGCUCUUGUUCAGGCUCGAUGGGAUUUCGUGAACUACAACGAAUGCCUGAUGACGAGGAUACAGAAGAUUUCUCUUGAUUACCAUUUCAAAGUGGAGCAAGAGGCAGGUUCAUCCACCUAUGCCUUCUUCGGCUUCAAUGGGACUGCUGGUGUUUGGAGAAUAUCAACUAUUAGUGAAGUUGGCGGCUGGAAAGAUAGGACUACUGUAGAGGACAUGGAUUUAGCUGUUCGAGCGAGCAUACGAGGGUGGGAAUUCUUAUAUGUUGGUGACAUUAAGGUUAAAAGCGAACUUCCAAGUACUUUCCAGGCAUACCGCCAUCAGCAACAUCGAUGGACUUGUGGUGCUGCAAACUUAUUCAGGAAAGUGGUGUGGGAAACGGUGAUGACAAAGGAAGUGUCUAUUUGGAAGAAGCUACAUGUGAUAUACAGCUUUUUCCUUGUGAGGAAGAUUAUAUCCCAUAUCGUCACUUUCACUUUCUACUGUAUCGUUAUUCCAAUAUCCCUCAUGGUUCCAGAAGCCACGCUUCCUUUAUGGGGUGUGAUGUACAUCCCUACAACGAUCACUAUCCUCAAUGCUGUUAGAAAUCCAAGGUCUAUUCAUAUAAUGCCAUUCUGGAUUCUCUUUGAGAAUGUAAUGUCGAUGCAUCGGAUGAAGGCAACAGUCAUUGGCCUAAUGGAGACAGGAAAUGUGAAUGAAUGGGUCGUGACAGAGAAAUUAGGCGAUGCGCUAAGGGCAAGGCCCGAAAAUGGCGUGCCUGAGUUAACUUCUAUUAGGCCUAGGAAGAGGGUUUACUUCUCCGAACUAGGGUUUGCGGUCUUCCUGUUCUUUUGUGCAUCUUAUGAUCUGGCAUUCAAAAAGGACUGCUUCUACAUAUACAUCUACCUCCAAGCUAUUGCUUUUAUCGUCGUGGGCUUUGGUUUUGUAGGCACUUCAACCUGUAACUCAUAGCAUUGGUGAUAAUUUAUUGAAAUCUUUCUGUAACACUAAAACCAUGAAUCUGGGAGUCUCAAGAUUGUUCAGAGUGAUGCAUUGGA